UCAGUGGUAACUUAUCAGUGAGGCAGAAAUUGGUCAUUGCUCAAGGAACCCCAAGCAACCUUUGGAAGAACCCUAGGGUUUCAUGGAACACUGGUUGAGAAACCCUGGUCUAGUUGAUGUUAUAGGAGUAAAAUUCAAAAUUGUUUUUCCAGAGAACUUUGGUCAGGCUUGCAGAAAUGUACAGUAAAGGCAUCUUGUUAACUGUACUAUGACAGUUUCUUUUCCCCAUGACAUAGUUUCUAAGGUAACCUACGCCAUUACUGAGUUCCCUCUAGACGUGUUUACAUAAGCUAUUACGUGGUUCUUAAUCUGUAAAUUAAGCAAGAGAGCAUCCGCAAAUAAUCCCCCAAGGAGGCCUUGCUUCAAUGGAGUGGGUUGCUUAGCACUGGAGCGAGAGCGGUAGGUAAAGAGGAGAGACACAGGUAACUACAGCCUUAGUUCAUACCUGCUUUGCACAACGAAAAGACCUCUUGAGUUCUCCUUGAAAAGUCUAUAGACUAUGGCCUCAGAAAAUUCAGAAAUCGAACUUUCCUUCACUGAAGACAUACAACUUACCAAGUGCAUGCGCAUACGUGCCCACAGCCUCCAGCAAAACAAUAUCAAGCCCCAAGAUGGCGAAAAAGUAUUGAAAGCCAACGAAUAUAUUUACCGCCUGGACUUCAGUAAGCAGAAACUUCGAUUUUUAUGGUGGAACGUUCACCUUAAAUCAGCCGGCAAGGUGGUCAUCACGGGGACUUCCCAGCACUGGACACCAGACCUCACCAAUCUCAUGAAACGCCAGCUCCUUGACCCAUCAGCCGUCUUCUGGAUGAAAGCAGGACAGACUGAGGUUGAAUGCAAUGAGGCAGAUGCCCAAGAAUUUGGGGAAAGGUUGUGUGAGCUGGCCAAAAUUCGAAAGGUCAUGUACUUCGUCAUCACCUUCUUAGAUGGGGCUGAACCCUCCAAUAUCCAAUGUUCUGUUGGCUUCAAAGCCUGAAAAGACUCAUAUAUAUUUUGGUUCUAUACGAAGGCUAGAGAAGAACUGUCAUAUGGUUGGUUGUCUAUUAAGUUGUACAUUCUUUUUGUUUGGUGUAAUCCAUUUUAAUUUAUACAAUAUUUUUUUAUUGCCGAAUUAUUAGUCUGUAGAAAACAAUUCAACUUUGUAACUACUUUAGGAUGUGUUAAAGCUAAAGUGGCAAUCAUUGUGCAUCACAGUCGCCAUGAUGUGAUGACAAAAGUUGAGUUAUAGUUUAGUUAGCUACAUAUAUCCAUGUACAGAUCCAACGAAUCAUAAAAGAAGAAGUUGAAGCAUUUACCCAAAUUUGCUAUUUAAAUUAUUGUAACUUUUUUCUUCAGAAAUACCUGAUUUUCCGUCACUGUAAAGUCAUAAAUGUUCGAUUAUUUUAUUUUUCGUGAUCAAUAGUUGUCUUAGAUUAUGUGUAUUUCAUAUGAUUCUUUGGUGAACUAACCAUAUGAGAAAGGGGAAACAAAAGUUUAACUGUUCAUUUAAGUGUGUGUGUAAACUCCAACAACAUAGGUCUCCAUUUUGCUUGCUUUUGGUAUAUUAAAUAUACCAUAUUUUUUUUUUAUAGCUAUUCAAUAAGUGCAAAAUUAAGAAGAAAAAUAUUGGUCCUGACAGAAUUCUUGUGCGCUGCAUUGUUCUCAGAGUUCUUCCUCGACUACAGAACACCUCCCUCUGUUAUGGGGAAGAUAUUAGGAAAUCUACAGUAGUUCUGCCUAGGGUGACAACUCAUCUCCACCAUGGAUACAGUACAAUCAGUGAGUGUUGUCACCUUAGGACAAGAAUUUUAUUUGUGAUAAAAAUGGAGACCGUCCAAAAAAAAAAAGAAGAAAAAUGCAGCUGCCAUCUAAGUUAAUAUGAAGUAUCACAUUUUUGUUCUUGGGUUUAGAUGCACUUUGGUGUUCUUCUGUAUCCCACAAGGUACAUUUAUUUCCCAGACCUUGAAUAACUGAAACGUAGGAAGGCUUAUUUAUCAUGUAAGUGUUGUGUAGUGUAAGCGGCCACCUUGUGAAGUAACCUAUAGUGACAAAUCGUACAUUCAAGAUUGCACAGCUUUGCCUUAUAAAUCUGUGGUUUUAUCUUCAUCUGUUAACCUUCAUUUCCAAUCGGCGAUUUCCUUUUGAUUAACUUUUUUGACAGUUUACCUAUUGGGCUGUUUUGCUGUGAAGUUGCUUUUUUUUUUGU